CGCCAGUCUGAGUUUUGUCUCCUGCUUUUAGAGCCACAAAAAGCUGCACCCAAGCUUGUUUGACAUCUGUCCUCUCAAAUGUCCAUGAUGCUGGAUCCCGAGAGAGGUGAAGGCUUUGUGGUCAAGCUCUGUGGCCUGCCCUGGUCCUGCUCUGUUGAGGAUGUGCAGAAUUUCCUUUCUGACUGCACAAUUCAUGAUGGGGCUGCAGGUGUUCAUUUCAUCUACACUAGAGAAGGCAGGCAGAGUGGUGAGGCUUUUGUUGAACUUGAAUCAGAAGAUGAUGUAAAAAUGGCCCUUAAAAAAGACAGGGAAAGCAUGGGACACCAGUACACUGAGGUGUUCAAAUCCCACAGAACCGAGAUGGAUUGGGUGUUGAAGCACAGCGGUCCAAACAGUGCCGACACCGCCAAUGAUGGCUUCAUGCGGCUUCAAGGACUCCCAUUUGGAUGCACCAAGGAAGAAAUUGUUCAGUUCUUCUCAGGGUUGGAAAUUGUGCCAAAUGGGAUGACAUUGCCUGUGGACCCCGAGGGCAAGAUUACAGGAGAAGCCUUUGUGCAGUUUGCCUCCCAGGAGUUAGCUGAGAAGGCCCUAGGGAAGCACAAGGAGAGAAUAGGGCACAGGUAUAUUGAAGUGUUCAAGAGCAGUCAGGAAGAAGUUAGGUCAUACUCAGAUCCCACUCUGAAAUUCAUGUCUGUACAGCGGCCGGGGCCCUAUGACUGCCCCGGCACAGCCAGGAGGUAUAUUGGCAUUGUCAAGCAAGCGGGCCUGGAGAGGAUGAGGUCUGGUGCAUAUAGUGCAGGCUACGGGGGCUAUGAGGAGUACAGUGGCCUCAGCAAUGGCUACGGCUUCACCACUGAUCUGUUCGGGAGAGACCUCAGUUAAUGUCUCUCAGGCAUGUAUGACUACAGAUACGGAGACGGCAAGUUCACUGUCCAGAGUACCACUGGACACUGCGUCCACAUGAGAGGGCUGCCAUACAAAGCCACAGAGAACGACAUUUACAACUUCUUCUCUCCACUCAACCCUGUGAGAGUCCAUAUUGAGAUUGGCCCUGAUGGAAGAGUGACGGGCAAAGCCGAUGUCAAGUUUGCCACUCACGAAGAAGCUGUGGCAGCUAUGUCCAAAGACCGGGCCAACAUGCAACACAGACACACAGAACUUUUCCUGAAUUCCACAACUGGGGCCAGCAAUGGGGCAUAUAGCAGCCAGAUGAUGCAAGGCAUGGGGGUGUCAGCCCAGUCCACUUACAGUGGCCUUGAGAGCCAGUCGAGUGGCUGUUAUGGGGCUGGCUAUGGAGGCCAGAACAGCAUGGAUGGAUAUAACUAG